UGCACCGAGCGAUCAGAGCUCCUUCUCCCUCUGGGCCUCCUGCAGCUGGUGGCUCUGCUUCUGCUUCAGGCCCCCCUUCUAUCCCCAGCUUACCGCCAUGGGCCCCUCGGUACACUCGAACGGAUGGGACGUUCGUGAAACCGAACGAGACCAUGCUGAAGGAUGGCCAGACCGCUAUGGCCUACUACAGGAGCAUGUGGACUCCGAAGGACAUUGAGGCGGCAAAGGGCCUUUCCCAGAAGGACGUGUUCAGUCGCUUUCCCCAAUCUGCUAUGGAGACAUUGUUCGGGAUGAUGGCCAUGCAGAAGCAGGUGGAAAUGGGGAACGCCAGGGCCCGAAAGUAUUCUGACAGCCUGGAGGUGGCUAAUAAAGAAAACGACCUCCUUGCCAUGAAGAAUACCGAGGUGCUGGUUCGGCUUGACAAAGCCGAGCAAGAGAGAGAUGUCCUGAAAAAGGAGAAUGAUUCCCUUCAGGAUGAGAAGGACGCCCUCCAGCUUGAGAAGAGCGUCUGGCAGACUGAGCAGGAAUCACUCAGAGAAGAGAAGGCAGAACUCCAACGCCUUCUAGCUGAUGAACAGUCUGCUCGGAUGGCUUUUGAAAAAAGAGCUCUGGACGAGCGUACCGCUCUGAUCGACGCUAUCAGCAGAGUGGGUGGUGGGAUGCUGGCCCUUCACGCUCGGUUCUCCAGGGUCGGUGCUCUUCGGUAUGCUCAAGGAUUCCGGGAAGGUUUUGCCGACCGGGUUCCGGAUGAGGGACAGACCAGCUCCACUCCGGAUGAGGUAGACAAGGAUCUGGGGAUCGAACCCCUGGGGGUCUAUGUCGACCCAGAACCCACCGAAGCGGAACGUAUAUUUGAUGAGUGCCAGGACAUCGCAUCCUCAAGGAUCAUCACAGCUCCUCCUACCGCUCUGCCACUGACCGCUCCCCAAUCGUCAACUGUGGCUCCCUCUGUAGCCACUGCUGACGCUGAACCCCAGCCGAACGACUCAGUUAUUCACCUGGAUUCCCCACCUCAUGAAGGUGAGGCGGCUGAUGGGGCCGAGGAGGCGAGUCGGCAAGACCAGGAUGCUGUUGGUACUGAGGCGUCUAGCUAGGGCUCCUUCGAAUUCUUCCAGUUCAUAUCUUCUUGUAAUGAUGGACAUCUCUCUUUUGUAAACUAAAUGUUCAAUAUUAAUGAAAUGGCCGAACUCUUUUUCUCUAUGUGUUGUGCUCUGUUCAACUUAUCUUCAGUACAUAUAUAUCUUUUCUCUCUUUUUCUUUUUAUAUUAGCUUCGCUGUGUGUUUGUACGGCAAGUGCCUGGCGCUCGGCUAGAAUGCCACUUGCCACUUGGCUUUAAAUUUUUAGCAAGUGUCUGGCGUUCGGCUUAUAGUG